AUGGGCGACAUCCGUACCACCGAGAGAGACAGCAACGUCAUUGCCCUCGUUGAGGCAAUCCUCGGUCACAAGAUCGAGAGCCAGCCCGGCUCCUCCACUCAGAGCACCAUGGAGGACUACGAGGAUCUUGUCGACAUGAACAAUGACCACGACUUUAGCAAGGAGCCUCGCCCGGAUUCUCCCCCCCGCAACCCCUGUGUCGGUGCCGUCAACCCGUACGCUCUUGCUGAGGCCCUCAUUGGCCGCAAGAUUGACCGCCAGUCCAUGACCGCUGCCAAGAUCCUCCAGAACGUCUUGCAGACCGACUACGAUGAGCUCUUUGACAUGCGUCACCACUCCGUCCUCUUCGCCGGCAUGAAGCUGAACGAGAAGGAGAGGCGGGCUGAGAUGUACGAUGAGAAGGACAUGAAGAUCCUCAAUGAGCGGGAUCUCAUGACUCCCGACUUCUCCGGUGUUCGCAGGCUUGAGGACCUCGAGAAGGUCGGCCUCAAGGACCUCAAGGAUGCCAAGGUCAAGCUUGCCCGCAUGCAGAACGGCAAGCUUCGCCUGGUUCUCCACGCCCAUGAGCUUGGCAAGACCGUCUCGAACCGGGAUGUCACCAUGUCCAUCAACGAGCUCGUCACCCCCUUCAGGAUGGAGAGGGGUCACUGGCAGCCACCCAAUGCCUCGUGGCGCGACAUGUAUGACUACUUUUUCCAGACAGUCAACAAGCGCCUGAUCACCGACAUUACCGAGUUCCGUAUCGGCGAACGCCGCGAGACCCGCCACCAGUUCGACGACCCCACCCAGGGCUGCACCAGCAACAGCUGGUUCAUCGCUGCCCUGUUCUCCGUCUUCUGGUCUGACCCCGGUGCCAUCAACCGUGCCACUCGCGUCCACCACAACGAGAAGAAGCGCUUCUUGUCUGUCAAGUUCCACGACAAGGGCGGCAAGCAGAACAACAAGACCCAGACGGUCGAAGUCAACUACGAGAUCCCGAUCAACAACUCGGACAACGAGCCUCUUUACUGCCGCUCCAGCGAUGGCGCCGACAUCUGGCCCUCGCUCUACGAGAAGGCCUUUGCCAAGUGGAUCACCGGCUCCAACUCCGAGCAGCCCGACAUCACCCAGACUCACUGCGGUGACCCUGUCAAGGCUAUGGCCCAGAUCAACGGUCGCACUCCCCACUACUACCACUGCGACAACCACUCUGCUCAGACCCUCUUGGGCUUGGUCCGCUCCAACAGCGUCAACAACAAGACCAUUAACCCCAUGACGGCCUACACCUACGCUACCGGCCGCGAGUACCACGGCGCCAACAUCGUUGCCAACCACGCUUACUCCGUCCUGGGCUACUGCGUCCUUGGCGACAAGCAGUACAUCGUCCUUCGCAACCCGUGGGGUGUCACCGAGCCCCAGGGCCUUACCAGCUACACUGGUCUCCUUGGCCGUCUCGAGCGCGAGGUCUGGAACCCGGCUACCCUCCUGGACCACGGUGGUCUCUUCGCCCUGGAGGCCGAGUCCUUCAAGAGGUGCUUCUCUUGCAUCGGUGUCUCCAAGUAA